AUGGACAUGACAGACUAUACUACUCCACAAGAUCAACAGCUUCCACCUCCUCCACCAGUGCCUGUGCAUAACUUUUAUCACCCACCUGAUUUUUAUCACGGUUUCGGAAAAGGCAAAGCAGAUCCACGACAAAUAUUCCACAACAACUUAGAUACAGAAUAUGAGUGUACGGCUGCUAUUGCCUCUUCUUCCAGUGAUGAUUCUUCUGAUGAAGGGGAUAUGACGGAUUAUCAACAACAGUUGCAAAUUGAGAAAGAACAUACUGAGAAGCUGACCAAAGAACAUAGCUUUUGGCAGGUGCACUCAAGCACAACUAUUAUCGCUCCACCCUGUGCAUUUGAAGAAGCAAAUAUUGUGAUAGACAUACCUCCUUUGAAGCCAAGACAAAAAAAUCAACCAACCAAAACGUCGGUCUCUUCUACAACGACAGUAGCCCCACUAAUUAAAGCGCUGACUCCAUUACCGCGCUUGCAACCUGGUGUGUCUACCUCUGCUACCAUCGCACCUAAAAAUUCUUCUGUUUCAAAACAACAACAGCUGCUUUGCUUAGCAACUCAUGUACGUGAUAUUCUAGGCUCUGUAAUAGAUGAAGUAGACAAAGAAAUUGAUACAGAAUGGGACACAAGUCGAGAAUCGUCACAAAAAUCCUUAAAUCAACCACCUCCAUCAAUAAUCUCAUUACGUAUGUAA